UGUAAUUUAGUUUUAAUGUAAAGAUGUUUUUGUAUUUUUAUUUUAAUUAAAUAUUACAUAUAAGAUUAAAGCAAGAUUACCACUUUUGAAUAUUACCAACAUUUAAAUUAUAUACUUCAAGGCAAUAUCGAUUGCUUAGUGAAGUGUUAUGCAUAAAGAAGAGAUUGCUUCAAGUUACUCAAUGUUAACUCAAAAAUAAACACAAUGUCUUUACUGCAAUCAUUGUCUUCAGGACUUAACAAAACUUCGAAAUUAAUAUCUCGAAGUGUUCCAGCUGUAUUUUAUCAUCCAAAUGUGAUAGAUCACUAUGAAAAUCCAAGAAAUGUAGGUUCUUUGGAUAAAAAUGAUUCCCAGGUUGGUACAGGUAUCGUAGGAGCACCAGCCUGUGGAGAUGUAAUGAAACUUCAAGUUAAGAUUAAUGAGAAAGGAAAGAUUAUUGAUGCUAAAUUUAAAACUUUUGGUUGUGGUUCUGCUAUUGCUUCAAGUUCCUUAGCCACAGAAUGGGUUAAAGGAAAAACUAUUGAUGAAGCAUUGGCUCUUAAGAAUGGUGAUAUUGCUAAAGAGUUGUGUUUACCACCUGUCAAGUUACAUUGUUCAAUGCUCGCAGAAGAUGCAAUUAAGGCUGCUUUGUCAGAUUAUAAUAUAAAACAGAAACAAAAAUUGAAAAGUAAUGAUAAUAAUAAGAAUAGAAAUGAAACAUGAUUCUUCAUGAUAUAUUUCAACAAAUGAUAGUAAAAGAUAUUAGAAUUAUAUAUCUUAUUUUUUGUUUUUUGUUCACUAAUUUUUACAUAUAAUAAUAUUCAUAAAUUAUGUGUUGUGAUUAGAAUGAAAAAGUGUAUAUUAAAUUAUAUAUAAAAUUUAAUGUAGCACUUACAUAUAUUCUUUCAUUUUUCAAAAAAAGAAAAUAAAUAUAUUUAAUUAAACAA